AUGGCACAGGAAGGGGAAAUGCAGAGCCAGAAGGCUUCAAUACAAACCAUUGAGAAUCAAGUCAGCCAAUUGGCCAAGAUGUUGUCUGAAAGACCCCAAGGUAGUCUUCCAGGUAACACAAAACCAAACCCAAUAGGGCAUGUUAAUGUAGUAAUGACGAGGAGUGGUAAAACCACAGGACCUGACAAAUCAGACUCAUCACCGAUCAAUGAGACAGUCCAAACUGACACUUCGGACGUGGUGCACACUAGGCGAGCCCCAGCAAGUACAACACAGCUCCAGGAGCCAGUAGCAGAUUAUACUCCUCCAGUUCCAUAUCCUAGCAGACUGAAGAAGCAAAAGAAUGAUGAACAACAUGAUCCACCGUCUUUGGAGUUGAAAGAACUCCCAACGCAUCUCGAGUAUGCAUUUCUAGACGAGGAGUGUCACUUGCCAGUCAUCAUUUCAGCAUCGUUAGCAAAAGAGGAAAGGAGACAGCUUCUCGAGGAUCUAAAGCUCCAUAAGAAAGCCAUGGCGUGGAAGAUUAUGGAUAUCAAAGGCAUUAAUCCUUCUUUUUGUACUCAUAAUAUUCUAAUGGAGGACGAUUACAAGCCUAGUGCACAACAUCAAAGGGGUUUGAAUCCAAAUAUGCAAGAUGUGGUGAAGAAAGAAGUAAUCAAGUUGUUAGAUGCAGGGCUGAUUUAUCGUAUAUCUGAUUCUGUUUGGGUAAGUCCAGUGCAAGUAGUACCCAAGAAAGGUGGGUAUUUUCAAAUUCCUAUCCCUCCUGAGGAUCAGGAAAAGACUACUUUAACAUGUCCUUUCGGCACAUUCGCCUACCGGCGUAUGCCUUUUGGGCUGUGUAAUGCACCAGCCAUGUUUCAGCGCUGCAUGGUAGCCAUUUUCUUUGACAUGAUUGAAGACUCAAUGGAAGUAUUCAUGGAUGAUUUCUCUGUGUUCGGGAGUUCUUUCAAUCAAUGCCUUGGAAAUCUGAAAAGAAUGUUAAUGAGAUGUGAGGAAACUAAUCUUGUGGUUAACUGGGAGAAAUGUCACUUCAUGGUGAAGGAAGGGGUAGUUCUCGGGCACAAGAUCUCUGAAGUCGGGUCGGAAGUUGAUCCAGCAAAAGUGGAUAUCAUUUCUAAACUUCCUUCCCCUACCUCGGUCAGAGGGAUUAGAAGUUUCCUGGGUCAUGCAGGGUUCUAUAGGCGAUUCAUAAAAGACUUUUCGAAAAUCGGAAGAGCUAUGACCCGUUUGUUAGAAAAAGACGCUCCAUUUGUGUUUUCAGAAGAAUGCAUGAAAGCAUUCAAGCAGCUGAAACAAAGACUUAUUGAAGCCCCAAUUCUAGUUGCACCAGACUGGGCAUUGCUAUUUGAGAUAAUGUGA